AACAUACCUCAACAUAAUAAAGGACCUAUAUGAAAACCCACAGGUAAUAACAUCCUAGGUAGGGGAAGCAGAGAACUUUUCCUCUAUAGUCAGGAACAAAACAAGGAUGUCCACUCUCACCACUUUUAUUCAACACAGUACUAGAGUCCUAGUCACAGCUAAUAAUAAAAAAAAAAAAAAUACAAAGAAAUCAGAUAAUAAAAAGAAAUAAAAGGCCUCAAAGUCAGUGAGGAAGAAUAAAACUUUCAUUAUUUGCAGAUGAUAUGAUUAUAUGUAGAAAACCCACCAAAGACUCCACCAAAAAACUGCUAGCUAGAACUGAUAAUGAAUUCAGUAAAGUCGCAGGAUACAAAACCAAUGUAUAGAAAUCUGCUGCAUUUCUAAUUUUAAGUAGGCACCAUGCCCAACAUCAGGCUUGAACUCAUAACCCUGAGAUUACAAGUCAUGUGCUCUACCAACUGAGCCAUCCAGGCACCCCUGUUGAAUGUCUAUACACCAAUAAUGAAGCAGCAGAAAGUUAAGGAAUCAAUCCUGUUUACAAUUGUACCAAAAAACACUAAGAUACUUAGGAAUAAACCUAACCAAAGAAGUGAAAGACCUAUACUCUGAAAACUAUAAAACACUGAUGAAAGAAGCUGAACAUGACACAAAGAAGUGGAAAGAUGUGCACUGUUCAUGGAUUGGAAGGAUAUUGUGAAAAUGUCUAUACUACCCAAAGCAAUCUACACAUUUGCAAUCCCUACACAAUGCAAUCCCUAUCAAAACACCAACAUCAUUUUUCACAAAACAAACAAUCCUAAAAUUUGUAUGGAACCAUAGAAGACCUCAGAUAGCUAAAGCAACCCUGAAAAAGAAAAAGUUAGAGGCAUCACAAUUCCUGACUUCAAGUUAUAUUACAAAGCUGUAACUGAUCACUUGCACAAGAAUAGACACAUUGACCAAUAUAACAGAAUAGAAAACCCAUGGGGCGCCUGGGUGGCACAGUCAGUUAAGCAUCUGACUUCAGCCAGGUCACAAUCUCGCGGUCCGUGAGUUCGAGCCCCGCGUCGGGCUCUGGGCUGAUGGCUCAGAGCCUGGAGCCCGUUUCCGAUUCUGUGUCUCCCUCUCUCUCUGCCCCUCCCCCGUUCAUGCUCUGUCUCUCUCUGUCCCAAAAAUAAAUAAACGUUGAAAAAAAAAUUAAAAAAAAAAAAAGAAUAGAAAACCCAGAAAUGAAGCCACAAUUAUAUGGUCAAUUAAAAUUCAACAAAGCAGGAAAGAAUGUCCAAUGGGAAAAACAAUGUCUCUUCACCAAAUAGUAUUGGGAAAACUGGACAGCAACAUGCAAGUUAAUGAACCUGGACCACUUUCUUCCACCAUACACAAAAAUAAAUUCAAAAUGGACUAAAGAGGGGUGCCUGGGUGGCUCAGUGAGUUAAGCAUUUGACUUUGGCUCACAGUUCAUGAGUUCAAGCCCUGCAUCAGCCUGUGCUGCUUCAGAUUCUGUGUCUCCCUCUCUCUCUGCCCCUCCCCCAACUCAUGCUCUGUCUCUUUCACUCAAAAAAAAUAAAACAUUAAAAAAAUUUUUUUAAUGGACUAAAGACCUAAAUGUCAGUCCCAAACCAUAAAAACUCUCAAAGAGAGCACAGGCAGUAAUUUUUCUGACAGCAGCCAUAGCAACUUCUUUCAAGAUAUGUCUCCUGAGGCAGGGAAAUAAAAUAAAAAAUAAACUAUAGGUACGUAUCAAAAUUAAAAGCUUCUGCAUAGCCAAGGAAACUAUCAACAAACCUAGAAGGCAACCUAAGGAAUGGGAGAAGAUAUUUACAAAUGACAUAUCUGAUAAAGGAUUAGUGUCCAAAAUAUAUAAAGAACCUAAAAAUCUCAACACACAAAAAAAUGGAUAAUCCAAUUUAAAAAUGGGCAGAAGACAUGAACAGACACUUCUCCAAAGAAAACACACAGAUGGCCAAUAGACACAUGAAAUGGUGUUCAACAUCACUCAUCAUCAGGGAAAUACAAAUCACAAGUGCCAGAAUGGCUAAGUCAACAACACAAGAAACAAUAGAUGUUGGGUGAGGAUGUGGAGUAAAGGGAACCCUCUUGCACUGUUGGUGGGAAUGCAAAUUGGUGCAGCCACUGGUGAAAACAGAAUGGAGAUACCUCAAAAAGUUAAAAAUAGAACUACUCUACAAUCCAGCAAUUGCACUAGGUGUACCCAAAGAAUAUAAAAACACUAAUUCAAAGGGACACAUUCACCCUGAUGUUUGUAGCAGCUUUCUCUACAAUAGCCAAACUAUGGAAACAGCCCAAGCCUCCAAUGACUAAUGAAUGGAUAAUGUGGUGUAUACACACACACACACACACACACACACACACACACACACACACACACUGGAAUGUUACUCAGCCAUAAAAAAGGAUGAAAUCUUGUCAUCUGCAACAACAUGAAUGGAGGAGCUCAACAGUAUAAUGCUAAGUGAAAUAGAGAAAGACAAAUACCUUAUGAUUUCACUCAUAUAUGGAACUUAACAAAACAAACAAGCAAAAUGGGGAAAAACAAAAGCCAACAAAGAAACAGACUCUUAACUACAGAGAACUGAUGGUUACCAGAGGAGGGGUGGGUGGGGAGAUGGGUGAAAUAGGGGAUGGGGAUUAAGGAGGACAUUUGUCAUGAUAAGCACUAGAUGUUGUAUGGAAGUGCUGAAUCACUAUACUGUACACCUGAAACUAAUAUUACUCUAUAUGUUGACUAACUGGGAUUUAAAUAAAAAUUUAGGGGCGCCUGGGAGGCUCAGUUGGUUAAGUACCCUACUCCUGAUUUCGGCUCAGGUCAUAAUCUCACAGUUCAUGAGAUCGAGCCCUGCGUGGGGUUCUGCACUGCACAGGACAUGGAGCCUGCUUGGGGUUCUCUCUCCCUGUCUCUUGCUCUGCCCCUCCCCUACUCACACAUUACCCCCCCCCUCAAAAUGUAUAACCAUUUAAAGUAAAUAAAUUUUUUAAAAAAAUAUAAACUCUGGGGCCCCACUUAAGAUCAGAAUCAGGUAUAAAAAUACCCAGUGUCCUUAUAAGCUCCGCCACGAAUCCAGUGCAGCCCAGCACAGGCCUGCACCCAGAAACUGAGAUUAGACAGCCUUGAAGUCCUCAUCCUGAGAUCCCAUGGCUCUUAGUGGUCCCUAGACUAUGGCUUUGCUACCAGCAACACACAGAGAACGGAUUCAACACAGGGUGUAGAUGGGAGUUCUCUCUGGGGUUUUGAGGGGCCAGUGUACACUAAGGAAGAAACAGGGAGGGAAAGGAAGUUAUUCCUGGAGGUGGUAGAGUGAAGGGAAGCAGGCCGGUGCCGGAUAGACCCUUGCAGGAUUAGAGACCAGGGCAUAUUUUAAGGCUGAGAGCAGAAGCUGUUGGGGAGGAAGACUGAAAGUAGGAGAAACUAACUCUUGGGGCCCCAGCACCAUGACGGCAGGACAACGGGAAGCCUCGGUUGGAAAGACCUGGCUCAGACAGCUGGAGGCAUGGAAGAGAGCAUGGCUAAGUUUGUGGGAGUUGCAAGAAUGAUACUCAUGAUUACCUAGAAUGGUGCUGUCCAGUACAGCAGCCACAAGCCACAUGCAGCUACUAAGCACUGGAAAUAAGGCCAGUGUGAGCAGAGAUGUACUGGAAAAAGUUUAAGGUGCACUGAAUUUUGAAGAUUUCGUAAAAAGAAAACCAGUGUCUGGUAUCUCAUUAAGCAUUUUGUAGAUUGAUUACACAUCAAACUGAUAUUUUAGAUUUAUUCGAUUAAAGAAAAUAUAUUAAGUUGAUUUCACUGGGUUUUACAUUUCCUAAUGAAAUUUAAAAUACUUAUGAGGCUCUUGAGGCUGGCAUGGUAUUUCUAUUGAACAAUGCCAACCUAAAAGUAUGAAAACCAAGACAAAAAAAGAAAUCCCACCAGAAAAAAAUUUCUAUCUAUAACCCCAUCACCAAAAAAUAAAAACCCCUUUCUACAACCCCAAAAUCUGCCUCAUUCAGACAAGAGGUUUGGCCAAACUGAUGAAAAAAGUGCUACACAAGCCAACUAAAUUGUCAGUAGAAAUGAAAGUGUAGUAGAAAGUGUAUAAUUUGUUCUCAGACACCAUUUACAUACAGCAAUUAAUUCAGAGAUGAUGAGUGCUUCCCAUCCAUUCAUUAAGGCAGGCCCGCAAGGCCCCACAAUGGGAAAGAAAUCACCAGCCAGCAAGCAAUCCACAAGAAGCAUGUGCAAUGAGCACCCGCUAAGUUCUGGGAAAGACACAGGACAGGGAGGGGCCAAACUGGCCUUGAGAUGAUCCGUACUUGAAAGGAAUGAGGAAGAAAAUGAGCCUCAGGAAAGUCAGUCCUUUCCCUGAGUCACACUGUCUUCCUCCAGACUCCCCUUGGCUCCAAUGUGUAUAUGUUCCUCACCGCAUGCCUGUCUCUGCUUCCAUGACUAUGAGUGGGCAGCGAGGAAAGUUCUAGGUGUCCCCUGGCUCCUUCCUCAACAGUUCUGACAUCCGUCAGAUGUUCCUCCCUCCCCCUACCAGCCUCGACUCUGUGGUAUGUGGUUAGGGUCAUUCCCGACACACUGGCCAUCUCUCUGUCCCCCAAAGAUAACAGAGCGAGCAGGGUGUUUGCUGGCCGGUAGCCUUAUCUAGGAUCAACACUGGCAGCUCCUGCAUCCGGAUUAAGCAGAGGCUUCAUGUCUCAGCAGGUGCCUGGUCACCAUAGUUGGGUCUGUGAGGGCUUCUGUUUGGCUUUCCUUUUGGGAAAGGGGCUCUGAAAAAGCUGCAAAUCUUCUCCAAGAACUCCGGAUUUGUCCACACCCAGGAGCCAAGAGAUCUAAGCUCAGGUGGCUGACAAGAGGGAAGGCCUCCUGGAAACAUGCUCACAUUCUGCUGGGGCUAAAGGAGGGAUUCCAGCCCUUAUGGCAAUCUGGCAAUGAGAGGUUUUCCACGAAAAGGUACUUAGUCCCCCACCUUCUACUAAGGGGCUUAGUCCAGACCCUCCCAUGCCUCCACUGUCCCUAGAGACUCUACAAGGGUCCAGUGCCCCCUUUAAGUCAGAUGGCCAGUCAUUUGAUGAUCAGCCUUCUAUUGCCUUGAUAGCCUAACUGCAUCCCCUGCCCCAAUCCCACCCCUCUCACAGCAAGCAGAUAUUUCUGGAAUCCCAGGUUUGCUGUGCAAUCAGGAUGGUCUAUCAGGGAAGACACUGACCUAGCAGCCAGGAACCUGGGAAGCCAGCAUCUGCCACUGAAGGCUGUGUGGCUUUGAGGGGACUGGGGCCUUUUUGGUGUUCAGGGUUCCUUCCAGUGAAAUCAAAGCUCAGCCUCCCAGCUCUUCAAGGUCUUCCCAACUCUUGUAUUCUACAAUCCUGUCACUCCUCUGUUCAAGAACCUUCCGGGGCCUCCCUCCUGCAGAAAACGCCCAAAUUCCUUGAGCUAGCAAGGCCUUCAAGGCCGUGUAUAACCUGACCCAGAACCAUCUUCUAGGCCUCUCCUGAUGACACCCUCCCCCCCGCCCACGGACACCCUCAUCCAAGGCAGCCAACUUUCUAAUCUUUACCCCAAACGCUCUACAUACACCCACGCCUUCUGUUCACCUUUGCUCACACCGGGUGAUGCCCUCCCUUCCAUUUUCACCUUCUGCCUCUUUCAAGGAGCCCUUCCUGAUCUCCCAGCUCUGAGCCCCUGAGCCCCAGCACGAAGAGAGUUCCUGCUCAGAAAUGCUACAAUUUCUGUGGAGGCAACUCAUUUAGCCCUUAGGAGUCACUGCCUGGGCAUCCAAAUAGAUGAAGCUCUCCAGACAGGGAAGGAUUCCCCUGUGAUGUUAAUUAACUCCUCAUCCAAGAAUGUGUGACCACAGCAUACACUUGCAAAUCCCACUGGCCAGAACAGAAGGGGUAGUCGUGUGCAUGACACCUCAGAAGAUUUUCACAUCCAUCACCUCAUGUCAUCCUCAAAGCCACUCUGAGGAGCAGCUCUGACACAAGGCAGAUUACUAGUCAUCUGCCUGGGGCCCAUCACCCUGGGAGUAGUCACCUGUGCCAGCACUGGGCCAUAGCUCUUCUCCCUCCAGGGCCAGUCUGUUCCCUCUCAGAACCUGGCUAGGGGAAGGGAGACAAGGCAAGACGUCAGGAAACACCAAGGCAAACCGACGCAUUCUGGAAACGAUCCCCACGCCGCCUCCUCUGAAAGGACGGUCAGGAGCCUGUGUCACCGUCCCUCCCAGCAGACUCCUCAUUCUAUCAUGGCACUUCCCUGCUUGGGAAAGUGUGAAACUUUCCGGAGUCAGGAUCCCCAUGAGCUCCAGAGGUUUGUGGAAGCCAAAGCAGCAUCAGUCACAGAAAAUAACAUGUUGGGGCUGGAAAAACUCUUAAAAAUCUGGUAACCAUCACCUCAUUCUAGCCAGGAAGAAGAGGAAUUUCAGAAGGGGAGUAUGCAGAGCAGCAGAGAACAGCAAAGCUGACCUGGACCCCUGAGCCGCCUCCCCCCUCCCACCUGAACCAGAGUUGGGACCACUUGGUGACAGCUGGAGCAGGUGCCAACACAGCAAUCUCUCCGAGCAUGUGACCUCCACUGCUGAUUUCUACCCAGAGGACAUGAGCAUAUGAGUUCCCAAAGAAUGUAAAGCAGCCACAGGAAGUUAGGAAGGGGUUGCUAGUUUAAAACAAACACAGGGCUUCCUACAUAAGGACCAGACGGCUACCGGGCACCACUUCCACCAGGAACCCCAGGUAGGUACUCUCUCUCUACUCUUCGUGUGUGGGUUUAUGGGUUUAAUUUACUGUGACUGCUGGCCAUUCACGGGCCCAACUGAACAAAGGGGAGGCUGCACAACGUGGGGCGGCUGGAGCCCCCCAAACCCCUGUAUCCCCUGGGGACCCUGCUGGCCCAGCUUCAUGAUCCUUCAUUAAGAAAUUCAGCACAAGCUCCCUGGGGCCCAGGACAAACAUGGGGAGUCUCAGUGCUCAACAGCCUGGGAAUAGAGGGCACACAUCCUUUAAUUCGCUUCUACCUGGCGGCAGUGAACAGAGGGAGCCCCUCUCUCAGGGGUAGGAAGAGCUUCUCUACUCUGCAGUGACAUCCCAGGGCCAAGUCCCCUCACCAGAUCUGGGGCACAGGGAGACAGGGGAGGACCCACUGCCUGGACACCAUCUGUCCUCCAGGCCCACCUGACACCAUGCCCUCCCCGGGGACCGUGUGCAGCCUGCUGCUCUUCAGCGUGCUGUGGGCAGACUUGGCCAUGGCAGGCUCCAGCUUCCUGAGCCCCGAACACCAGAAAGUACAGCAGAGAAAGGAAUCCAAGAAGCCACCAGCCAAACUGCAGCCCCGAGCUCUAGAAGGCUUGAUCCACCCAGAAGACACAAGUCAAGUGGAAGGGGCAGAGGAUGAACUAGAAAUCCGGUUCAACGCCCCUUUUGAUGUUGGAAUCAAGCUGUCAGGGGCUCAGUACCACCAGCAUGGCCAGGCACUGGGGAAGUUUCUUCAGGACGUCCUUUGGGAAGAGGCCGAGGGUAAGUCAUUGCCCCAGUCAGGUCACUUCAGUCUCCAUGGAGUCCCAAAUGGAGCUCAGCCUAUGGGUGACACAAGAGAAGUUUUCUUCCCCUACCACUGCCUCGCAAAGAGCUUCUAAUUCUUCCUUCCCAAAUGUCUGCAGGAGAGCAGACUGGGCUGGGAUUUCCAAAUGGCUCAGAAGAGAGGUGAACACAGUCUUUGUAUUUCAAGAGCACGCUCGCUAUGUUCCAAGAACUAGCACACUAACUUUGGGGCCCAGGGAACCCCAAUAUCCUAACCAUAAAAUGCAGCUAACACUCAACUGUGAGUGCAUAAAAUUAUACCUUUAUUAUAUAACUUCACCUCGUGAACAAAAGGAAUUAGUGCUAUCAUCAGAAUAGGCUCUUCUGCAGCCAGUGAAGCAAAGAUUUCUUGCUUUUGUUCUGAAUCCCUUCUUGGCUUAUAAAAACAAACCAUUCAUUUGUUCCUGGUCACGGGGGCCAACACCUGCCUUUGGAAGCACAUUACAACAUGCAAAGCACUUCCCUAACUAACACGGUGUCACCCUGUACCCCCACCAACCACAUGAGGUAGGCAGGGAGCAUGGCACUUACCUGGGGGGUGCAGAGAAGGAAACCGAGGCUCGGCUUUUAGGUGACAAGAUCAACUCACACAGUCCACACGCCAAGGCCAAUGCCUCCUCCCCGCAUUACAACACACUACCUCCGACAUCGCCAUUGUGGAAGAAAAGCCAUCUAUGAUGGCACUGGCAGGACAGUGGACACUGAAUUUUGACCUUUUCCUUUUCAGAGGUCCUGGCAGAUGAGUGAUCAUCCACUAGAACGACCCACUUGCUUUCCUCCCAACCUGACAGUGCCCACCUGGCUUUUAAACUGUUUCUGCAACAACACCCAGUUCUGAGUGGUACUAGCUUAAGAAGUGAAUAAACAUUCAUGCUGUAUGCCGAACGUUCAAAAUGGAAAUUUAUUUCACCAGAGGAAAACUUCACAUUUCAUUGAAAAAAAAAUUUUUUUUUUAAUCUAUGGUCAGUACAAAGAGCAAGGAGGGAUAGGUAGUAAGGCAGGUGUGCAUACUUAGGAAACCAAGAGAGGGAGGGGAGGGAGAAAGGGAGGGAACAGAAGACAGACUGUUUUUUUUUAAAUACCACAGCUUCCUGAGCACAGUGAAGUUACAAUGAGAGCUAUUUAGCAAUCAGCAAGGAUGGGGGACCAGGAAACUUCAGGUGACAUUAUCAGAGCCAACAUCCACUGAAGUGACAUCAAGAUCAGAACAGGAUCCUGGGAAUGUGAAGGCAUGAGUAUGAAGUUAUACAUAAUUGGGGUGCUUACAACGGCUACUAGCCACUGCUAGACAGGGCUGAAAUAACCAUUUCUCCUUCCUCCCUGUCCUCUCCCAAAAAGACACGGCAAAGCAGAUGCCACCUCAUGUAGGCCAGGCUGGGCACUGCCUCGGGGUACUUCACUGAUACCAGGCAGGUGUUCCUAAACACUUUCAACUCCAGCUCACAGCUGAAUUGAGACUUGAUCCUUAAGUUCCACAACUUAGUUCCACCAAAGAUACCAGCCUUCUCGGGAGGAAUGUCAGUUAUCAGUGAUUUACACUUCCACGUAAAACGUGUGAACUGUCUUUGAAGAGCUGGUGAUGACAGACGAUGGGUGAAUCACUAAGGAGAGAAAAAGGUAAAGAACAAGGAGGCUCCAAAUAUAAGCACUGCCAAUACCUAUUAGAAACAUGUAGGCCGACCCUCUGCACAGAGUUGGGGUAACAUGCAGAGCCCAGAAAAGCCUUUAUCAGGGUGCUGGAGGAGCCACGUAUCUUCUCGAGUAAAACUAUCAUCACCUGGCACUGAAGGCACAGCCCCACUGGCACUAACCACUGAUCACACUUGGCAGGCACACUGAAAUCCAACUGCCACCCUCAGCAACGAACACCACGUGCACCCUGGAACAUCACCAUCAUCUGAGAACCUCUUAGAAAUGCAGAAUCUUGACCCAACUGUACCAGGAUCUGUAUUUUAACAAGAUCCUUGGGCUAAUAAACAGCUUAUUUAAAGGUGCUGAAAGACAACUGGAUCCUAUUCAAUUCAGGCAGGACAGCACACAGUAGAACCAGAUCACCCACCCAGCACAAACUGGUGUCGAUUCUCAUAUAAAAUCUCAUAUAAAACUUCUGAAAAUUCACACCUGGCCAGGUGAUAUCCUCAACAGAACUGAGAAAACAUCAUGCUCACUUACCUCCUCCCAUUUCUCUAGCCCCAGGCUUGCCGUCAUGUCCAUCCCUUAUGCCUACCACACACACAUACUUACGUCUCCCAGAGGUCUAGACGCUGACUAUAUGACUACAUGGGCACUUUGCACACCAAAUCCUUGCUUCUGAAAGCAUCUACCUCUAAACCUCAGUAGUAAGAUUGAAAAGCAUUAUUCACCAUAUAAAGAAUUUAAGGUACUGGUGAACACAGUGGGAGAAGAGAGGGAAGAGGGAGAAAGGCAGUAGAAAUGCAGGGAAAUGACCUUCCUCAGCCUCCAGAUGGCCACCCCCUAGGCACUGAUGUAGAGACUAGCACACUAUCCUGGAGAUUAGCCACAUCCUUAAACUCUGUAACUUAGUAGGGGUGCAACUCUGAUCAUCACUAACCAGGCCCACAGCCCUUUUUUUUUUCUUCCUAGAAGUGGGUCACUUACAUAUAACACCCAGUGUCCUCCUUAAUGCCCAUCACCCCUUUAGGUCUUCCCCCCCCCCCCCACCCCACACCCCACCAACAACCCUCAGUUUGUUCUCUGUACUUGGCAGUCUCUUACAGUUUGUUUCCCUGUUUUUAUAUUAUUUUUGCUUCCCUUCCCUUAUGUUCAUGUUUCGUAUCUUAAAUUCCACAUGAGCAAAAUCAUGGGAUAUUUGUCUUUUUCUGACUUAAUUUUGCUUAGCAUAAUACACUCUAGUUCUAUCCAUGCUGUUGGGAAUAGCAAGAUUUCAUUCUUUUUCAUCACUGAGUAAUAUUCCAUUAAAUAUAUAU